AGGAGGAGGAGGAGGAGGAGGAGGAAGAAGCUUGGUCAAUAGUAGCUUCUCACCCUCCUUCUCAACAAGACGCGGCGGCGGCGGAGGCGCUGGUGGGGGUCAGUGAGCGAAGACAGUUUGUGACUUCGAGGUGCUGAAGAAGCAGCGAGAGAGAUCGAGAGAGAGAGAGAGGAAGACGAAGGAGGAGGAGGACGAGAGGAAGAGGAGGAGGAGGAAGAGGAAGAUAGAGAAGGAAAGAGAUAAUUAGUGAGUGAAAGAGUAGAAAAGAGAAACACGUGAGAGACAAAAGAGGAAGAAGAAGAGAGAAAGAGGAGGAAGAGGAAGACAGUUGGUGGAGGAGGAAAGGGAAGGAAGGAGACGGAAGGGAAACUAGAGAGAUAGAGAGAAAGUUACAUUGAAAGUGAAACAGAAAGUAAAAGAAAUAACAAAGAAAAAGAAGAAGAAAAAGAAGGAGAGAAGGAGAAGACAUGGGAGGAGGGAAGGGAAAAAGAGAUAGAGAAAGAUAAAGAGUUACAGUGAGUGAAAAACUAGAAAAAAAACAAACAAAAUAAAGAACGCGUGAACUUAAGGAAAAACUUGCGCUUGGAUUACCGAAGACAACGUUAUCGAACUCAAUCUCGAAGUCUUGUGCCGGGCUGAAGACUCGCUCCCUCCUACCAGACUCUGCCUCACCGUCUCCUGUCCUGUGACAGCGCAGUGACGGCCAGGCAUCGGACAGGAAGAGAAGAGACACCUUGACCACUAAGCCUCAGAAACAGUGCAUCUUAGAAGACCCUCGCCCCGCCCUACCCCUCCCCGCCCCGCUAGCAAUGCCCCGCGGCCCCGUCUGUCCCUACCAACAUCAGCAACCAGCUCCCUAAAACACUGAAGAAGAAGAAGAAGAAAAAGAAGAGGAGGAGAACGCAGAGGACAGGCUGAUGAUGGGGCAGAGGGACGACCAUUGAACCAAGACUCUACAGGAAUGGGGCGACAUUUUCCAUAGUGUGUGCGUGUGCGUGUGUGCGUGUGUGUGAUGACGGGCGGUGUGUGUGCGUGGGUCAGCACGUCGUCAUGCGUGAGGUGACGCCGCGGCCCCCUCAGCAGUCAUGUCACUCCACUUCAGUGCCAACCAGUUCGAGGGCGGCUACAGACCCACGCGGCUCGCCAACUGGGAGGUGGGGCGCGCCUUCCCGGAGCGUCCCAGGCAGCGGCGCGGCACGACCCGGGUGAUCGCCGAUGACCGGGGCCACCUGCUGCCCGGCGUGGCCCGCUCCCAGGGCUCGCCGUGGGGACCUCUCACGCAGGGGCUAGAGCCCAGUGGAGGUGAGCGCCCCCCAACCGCAUCUGAGGCCCGGCCGCCGCAAAACACCUCCGAGGAUGAGCAGGAGGAGGCCGCAGCAGGGGAAGGGGCGGACCUACAGGUGACCGGGGCGGGGCUGCUGUCCGGGGGCAGGAGCGAGGAUGGAGCCAGCCACCAGGAGAGCCACGACUCCGCCAGCACCGCCACCAGCAGCAGGAGCCCCGGAACCAUCACUCCAGCCUCCUUCAGGAAAAAUGCCGCCAGGACCGUCCCCGCUUCCCACAAAAGUUCGCGUAAGUCCUCCGCGGCCGCCGCCUCGCCCUCCCUGGACGGCGAGGCGGCCCUGAAGGAGACGGCCAACAUCACCGCCGACACCGUGGAGGACGCCCUCCUGCCGCGCCGCCCCGAGGAGGACAUCACGGAGCUGACGGGCUCUCGCGCCCUGGCCAUCCGCCUGGUGGACCACCCGGCGCCCACCAACUGUACCAAGUACAUCGUGCUGCGGCCCAACACCGCCCCGUCCCCGGCGCCGUCCGCCAAGCCGCCGCUGCUGCCCAAGCGGCCCAAGACGGCCAAGAUCAUACGCAAGGUGCCGGAGAUCGAGUUUGCCCUCAAGUGGGACCUCAAAGAAAAUGACAUCAUGGAGGAGGAGCACGAGGACGACGCGAUCGAGGUGGUGGACACGAAGAAGAAGGCGCGGGAGCCGCCGAGCCCUCGCUCCGUCAGCUCCGUGGACUCGGGCAUCCACAUGCCCAAGGCCAAGCCCAAGACGGCCUGGGGCAACGGGCCGGACACGCGCGAACUCGCCUCCAAGCUGGAGCGCCUCGAGGUGAACGGCGCCGACGAGGUGGAGACGCGCUCGCCGCCGAAGAAGCCGUCGGAGCCUGAGUCCGGCUACGGCUCCCCCAAGUCCGCCGGCAGCCUGCCUUCUGUGGGCUCGAGGGCCAGUUCGGGCCGAGCCUCCGUCAAGCUGCCGCUUAAGACGGGGAGCGCCACGCCCUCAGGCAAGGACAGCAGCCGCACCAUCUCCAUGGACUCCCAGCGGCUCGCGCAGCACAGCGGCAGGUCGGCGUCCAAGCGUGGCUCGGCUGUCGCCUCCCCGGCCGAGCGGCACGGCUCCAAGGCCUCCUCCAGGAGCGGCAGCAGCAGGGCGUCGGCGGCGGCGUCACAGGCGUCCCGCAGAGACGCCAAGGGUACGCCCUCGCCGAGUCCGCAGCCCCGGGACCCCCUGGCCAUCAUGGAGACGAUGGACUCCGUGUUCCACACCGUCCCCUUGAGGGAUACUGGGCGCGGCGUCCACACCUACAGGAGCACGCCGGUGGGGCCGCGGCAGCAGGCGGCGACCACCCAGACGGAGGACCUGGCGCGGGAGGCGGACGAGGCGGGCGGCGGCGCGGCGCCCCCAGCCGAGGUAAGACGCGGCCACUCAGGUGUGGGGGCCCUGGAGUGGAGGUUUGGGUGUGAUAUCUUGUUAAUAAGCUCAUCCUUCAGGGGUCAGUGUGGAGAUGUCAUGCUUUUUAUGAUGGUCCCACAGGUGCGCCAUAACCACCCCGGCCAGGUGAGGUCCAGGAACUGUCUGGCCUGCGAGGUGCGGGCCAUGGACCAGCCGCCCAAGAAGUUUCAGGGACCCUCGGACUUCAAGCCGGCUUUCAGGGCGGGCAAGGUCCACCAAGACCCCGCCGCCAAGAAGCCCAGGUACACGCGCCAGAGUGAGAAGUACAACGCGCGGCUGCGUGCCCGCCACCAGCCGCCCCGCUACUGGCCCAUCAACACCCUCAGCUCGCCCUUCUGCAACCGCGCGGGCUACGGCCAGGACCAGUAUCCGGACCACAUGAGGCUCAGGACCACGUACGGCACCGUGCACGCCCCGGCGCCCAAGCAGCCCCGCGGCCCCGUCCUCAAGAAGCUGUACCUCUGAGGGGGACGCGAGGCCACAGGCAGGGACACUGUAUAGUCCUCAGGGGUGUUCCGUCCGGCCGUCAGUCCGUGGCCCCAUCCUGGAGAGACUCGACCUCUGCGGCCGACUGGCGACCCCGGGCGAGGUUGGUGUGUGUGUUCCAGGUGUCUUGCCUAUGAGCAACACCCUGCAACACCUGGGCCGCCUUGGUGGCUCGGCACUCCUCUUGUUCCUUAUCCAUACUGCAUUUACCCGCCGCUCCUCUUUGUACUCUUUGUUUCCAUAGUUAGCGACGGAGCGAAUGGCGCGCGAGUGAUUUUCUACUCCUAGGUAGCUUUCCCUCACGAAUUGUUGAUAGAUGGUUAGUUUUCAACCCAAGGCAAGAGUUACACUGCCAGGUCUUCAGCCCUUCGAGGAGUUGUAUUGUUACGACCAUACGAUUAGAUAUUACUCUCCCUCUUUCUCUAGUGCAUUUAGGACCUCAGUCACACAAACUUGUAUAGUGUUAUGUUCAUUACUGUUUUUUCAUCCUCGGGUAAUUUUAUAUUUAGCCUGUUACUGGUUUCUUGACGAUAGUUUUGUAUGCACGGUUUUGUUGGUUUCCUGACUCCUGUAGUGUUGCAUUGUUGAUCUUACUGACGUGUUCUGUGAAGGGUGGGCGAGGCGGCCGAUCCCAGCACACAGGCGGGGAGAGAGGCAGCGGUGACAAGAGAACAGAGGUGGAUCAGGCAGCCUCGUGUGUUUGGCGUGUUGUGUGAAGUGUGAGCGAGGCGGCCCAUCCCAGCACACAGGCGGGGAGAGAGGCAGC